AUGACGAACACCGACGUAUCUGGACAAAUGCCUCACCGCGCUGUAUCCCCGAGUCUCCCGCAAGUCGAGAUUCUGGAUCAAGUCUGUCUGCAAGUCAGGCCACCAGACCUCUCACGGCUUGUGCAGACCUGUAAUCAUCUUCACGAUGUGGCCAGGCACCAACUAGUCCUGCAACACACUCGCGUGGACGACAGAUUCCAGCUUCCUUUUGCAUGCAUCUUUGACCACAGGCUGGCUUGGAUCGCAAUCGAGGCGGGAGCCUCUGUCCUGCUUGCUCAAGGUGCGGAUCCUGUCAGCGAUUUCAUCCCGUGUUACCUUGAAUUCUGCGCCCUGAGCAAGGAGGGCCGCUUCACCCCGCUCAUCGAGGACAACAUGUUCACCUUCCUACCGACGGAUGCAAAAGAAUACCAGCCUCUCUUCACGGCAAUUUACAAUGGUUAUUUGGGCAUGGUUGAGCUGCUCCUUCACCUCGGAGGCUCCGAUCGUUGCAUAUACUGA